UUAAGUUUGUUGGAGGUUAUUGGCGAAGCUGAAGGCAAACUAUCAUUGGUUCUGCAGUCAAUGCGUCUGCUGCGGUUUGUGAAGCUUCUUGACUUCCUGCCUCACCUGAAGAGACAGCUGCUGGUGCUCAAGAAGAGGCUUGAGGAGGCAGCUGGGCUCUGAAUUUUUCUGCUGUCGUUCACCGUAAUCUUUAGUAUACUCGGUAUGGUCCUGUUUGGUGAUAAAUUUCAGUUCGAGACGAAACAUGGAGACAUGCGCAAUGCCCGAAAAAACUUUGACAGCCUCCGCUGGUCCAUGGUUACUGUGUUUGAGGUUUUCACCGGGGACGGCUGGAAUCUGGUGCUUUACCACGCCAUUGCUGCAACAUCCUCAUGGGCCAUGCUUUACUUUGCUGUGCUCAUCGUGCUGGGGAACCUUGUUCUUCUCAAUGUUCUUGUGGGCAUUGUGAUUCUGACCUUUCAGAACAUUUCCAAUCCAAACGACGGUUCCCCUGAGAGUGACCCAACACACAUUGACCACAACAACAGAGACAAUGGCCACCCCAGCACUGGUUCUGGCUCUGAGCCCAGCAGAUCCUUUGUGACCGACCCCGCCCCUGCACUGCCAGACAUCACUGAGGACAAUGAAUCUCUGAGCUUGAUUCAGAGGAUUGUCAGCUGGUGCAAAAAGCAUGAAGAUUGUUCUUUCUACGUGUUUUCUCCACAAAACAGUUUGUUGGAGGUUAUUGGCGAAGCUGAAGGCAAACUAUCAUUGGUUCUGCAGUCAAUGCGUCUGCUGCGGUUUGUGAAGCUUCUUGACUUCCUGCCUCACCUGAAGAGACAGCUGCUGGUGCUCAAGAAGAGGCUUGAGGAGGCAGCUGGGCUCUGAAUUUUUCUGCUGUCGUUCACCGUAAUCUUUAGUAUACUCGGUAUGGUCCUGUUUGGUGAUAAAUUUCAGUUCGAGACGAAACAUGGAGACAUGCGCAAUGCCCGAAAAAACUUUGACAGCCUCCGCUGGUCCAUGGUUACUGUGUUUGAGGUUUUCACCGGGGACGGCUGGAAUCUGGUGCUUUACCACGCCAUUGCUGCAACAUCCUCAUGGGCCAUGCUUUACUUUGCUGUGCUCAUCGUGCUGGGGAACCUUGUUCUUCUCAAUGUUCUUGUGGGCAUAGUGAUUCUGACCUUUCAGAACAUUUCCAAUCCAAACGACGGUUCCCCUGAGAGUGACCCAACACACAUUGACCACAACAACAGAGACAAUGGCCACCCCAGCACUGGUUCUGGCUCUGAGCCCAGCAGAUCCUUUGUGACCGACCCCGCCCCUGCACUGCCAGACAUCACUGAGGACAAUGAAUCUCUGAGCUUGAUUCAGAGGAUUGUCAGCUGGUGCAAAAAGCAUGAAGAUUGUUUUUUCUACGUGUUUUCUCCACAAAACAGGUAACUCUUAACAUCUGGUGUCUUCUGCCUUUCUAAUGGUUAAUGAAAUAAGUUUUAUGAUUGGACACUGCUAAACUGCAUAUCAUGCAAUGCUUAACAAAUGUAGACAUGUCUCAUAUUUUGAGAAUGGAUCAUGAAUAAUGAAAUCUGUAGAGUAAAAGUAGCUCAUAGUUACAGAGAUGUAGUGAAGGACUGACACUUUAUAAAUGGUUGGUGCAGUGUAGAGAAAUGAGUUGAAAUUCGGAACUGUGAUCUGCAAGUUACAAUCAUUUUAAUUAUUUUUUGGCAACUCUGAUUAUUAAACAUGCAUCAAGUGAA